GCCUGGGCAGGCAGGAGCCGGCAGCUUGGGUUUACUUUGCUGCUGCUGCUGCUGCUGUGUGAAGAGCAGAACCGAACCCUUCAUUUCUGCCUCCUGCUCACGGCUCAGAUCCCUCCCCUCCCCUCGCUGCUCAGUCAGCGGGGAGAUGCGAGCAGGGAAGGAAGGAAGGAUGCUGCUGAGCUGCACUCUGCUCCAGCACUUGGCACAUCCUUUGCAGAAUCUGCUGUUUCCUGAGCAGGGACGCUGCCUGCCUGCCUGCUGAGCAAUGCAGCCAUUCCCCACUGCUCCCUUUGCAGGAGGAUGGAACCAUAACCGGGAGAGUGAGUGAGCGAUGCGGCUGCUGCUGCUGCUGCUGCUGCACACAGGCUGACUGCGAGGAAGAGAAUUGGAGAGCCCGGAAUAUGUGCCUGCCUCAGCAGGCACUGCAGUGGAAAAGCCCCUGACUGAAGAGAUGCAGCUUGCUGCUCUUUAGGCAUCGCUACAGAGAACUCGGGAGUCGGAUGAAAUGCAUCGGCCUCCUUCUCCACCGCUCCUCUAUUGUCAUCAGGCAUUAAUUGCUGGGAGUUAUUUUCCUUCCUGUGGCUGACUGCCUGCAGCUUUUUUCCCCACUGCAGGAGAAGCAGUGAGGGAGGGAGAGCACACCACCAGCCCAGCGUCCUGUCCCACCAGAAGGCUCCUGCCUGCGUGAUGUGCCAGCACGGCCCAGGGCUGCUGCAAUGGUGCAGAGAACCUCUGGAACACCUGGGUUUGGGAUUAUUCGUGGCUCAUAAAGUGGUCCCAGCUUCCAUCUAGCAACUACCUGGAGACGCUGGCUGUCCUUUGGGGCUUACUGACUGCUUCCAAUUUUCCUCCCAUCGCUGCUUUCACACUCAUCUGGGUCGGCAGCGUUAGAGAGAGGGGAACGCAUUCCCCCGGCCAGGAAUCGCAGGGUGCUGCACAAAAAGUGCAGGUGCGAGCUCUGGAGGGGACUGCAGCGUGACCAGCCAUGGCUCAAGCCGCUAAGCAGCUGAAGAAAAUCAAAGACAUCGAGGCUCAGGCUCUGCAGGAGCAGAAGGAGAAGGAGGAAUCCAACCGCAAGCGCAGGAACCGCUCUCGGGACAGGAAGAAAAAGAGAGGGCAUGCACCAACCACUGUGGACCCCUUGCCUUCUUGCUGCAAGCAAGGAUCUCCUGAAGGGAUGCUGGAGCAGGAGUCUGCAGCGCAGGCUGAUGCUGCAACCAGUUUCUUGAGAGCUGCGAGAUCUGGGAACCUGGACAAAGCCUUGGAUCACCUCAGGAAUGGGGUAGAUAUUAACACCUGUAACCAGAAUGGGCUGAACGCCCUGCACCUGGCCUCCAAGGAGGGCCACGUCAAAAUGGUGGUGGAGCUGUUGCACAAGGAGAUCGUCCUGGAGACCACGACCAAGAAAGGAAACACAGCCCUGCACAUCGCUGCCUUGGCUGGGCAGCAGGACGUGGUCCGGGAGCUGGUGAACUAUGGGGCCAACGUCAAUGCACAGUCCCAGAAAGGCUUCACACCUCUGUACAUGGCAGCACAGGAGAACCACCUGGAGGUUGUGAAGUUCUUGCUGGAAAAUGGAGCCAACCAGAACGUAGCCACAGAGGACCAGACUCCUCUGCACUGUGCUGCACGCAUCGGCCACACUGGCAUGGUCAAACUCCUCCUGGAGAACAACGCCAACCCCAACCUGGCCACCACGGCAGGGCACACGCCCCUGCACAUCACUGCCAGAGAGGGGCACAUGGACACAGCCCAGGCCCUGCUGGAGAAGGGAGCCUCACAGACCUGCAUGACCAAGAAAGGAUUUACCCCUCUCCACGUUGCAGCCAAGUAUGGAAAGGUGGAUGUGGCAGAGUUGCUGCUGGCGCACGAUGCUCAGCCCAAUGCAGCAGGGAAGAAUGGCCUGACUCCACUGCACGUGGCUGUGCACCACAACAACCUGGAGAUCGUCAGGCUGCUGCUUCCCAAGGGCAGCUCCCCACACAACUCAGCCUGGAAUGGCUUCACACCCCUCCAUAUUGCCUGCAAGAAAAACCACAUCCGAGUGAUGGAGCUGCUGCUGAAGACGGGUGCCUCCAUUGAUGCUGUCACAGAGUCCGGCCUGACCCCCCUGCAUGUGGCUGCCUUCAUGGGACACCUGCCCAUUGUCAAGACUCUGCUGCAGCGUGGAGCCUCUCCCAACGUGUCCAACGUGAGUGGCCUGACUCCUCUCCACCUCGUGGCCCAAGAGGGGCAUGUGCAGGUUGCUGACGUUCUGGUGAAACAUGGAGUCACAGUGGAUGCAACAACCAGGAUGGGCUACACCCCUCUGCACGUGGCCAGCCAUUACGGGAACAUCAAGCUGGUGAAGUUUCUGCUGCAGCACCAAGCAGAUGUCAAUGCCAAGACCAAGCUGGGCUACACGCCCCUGCACCAGGCAGCCCAGCAGGGCCACACGGACGUGGUGACGCUGCUGCUGAAGCACGGAGCAUCGCCCAACGAGAUCAGCACAAAUGGCACCACUCCCCUGGCCAUCGCAAAGCGCCUCGGCUACAUCUCUGUCACCGACGUGCUCAAGAUUGUCACAGAGGAGACCGACAUCCCGUCUGUUGGUGACAAACACCGCAUGAGCUUCCCAGAGACUGUAGACGAGAUUCUGGACGUGUCAGAGGAUGAAGAGGAAGAGCUGGUUGCAAAGCCCAAGACACCUGAUCUCAGAGAGCAGGAAGGCAAAAGAGAGCUGCUGGAGUUCAUGGCCACGACGACACUGGAGCAAACGGUGGAGUCUCCAGCUGUCCUGCAGGUCCCCUGCGUCCCACCUGAAACUGUGGUGACCAGAGCUGAGGAGACUGAGCAGCCCUCCAAAGAGUUCGAUGAGGACUCUCUGAUCCCCAGCAGCCCAGCCACGGAGACCUCAGACAACAUCAGCCCAGUGGCCAGCCCCGUGCACACAGGGUUCCUGGUGAGCUUCAUGGUGGAUGCUCGUGGCGGCUCCAUGCGGGGCAGCCGGCACCACGGGCUGCGCGUGGUGAUCCCCCCUGUCAUCGUGGAGAUCCCACACUUUGCCUCCUAUGGGCGUGGGGACCGUGAGCUGGUGGUGCUGCGCAGCGAGAACGGCUCCGUGUGGAAGGAGCACCGCAACCGCUACGAGGAGAGCUACAUGGACCAGCUGCUCAACGGCAUGGACGAGGAGCUGGAGAGCCAGGAGGAGCUGGACAAGAAGCGCGUCUGCCGCAUCAUCACCACCGACUUCCCUCUCUACUUCGUGGUCAUGUCCCGGAUUUGCCAGGACUGCGACAUGAUCGGCCCUGAGGGAGGGUGUUUGAAAAGCACACUGGUGCCCAUGGUGCAGGCCACCUUCCCAGACGCUGCUGUCACCAAGAGAGUGAGGCUGGCCCUGCAGGCACAGCCUGUGCCUGAUGAGUUGGUGACCAAGCUGCUGGGGAACCAAGCCACCUUCAGCCCCAUUGUCACCGUGGAGCCGCGGCGGAGGAAGUUCCACCGCCCCAUCGGCCUCCGGAUCCCGCUGCCACCGUCCUGGAAGGACAAUCCCAGGGACAGCGGCGAGGGUGACACCACCAGCCUGCGCCUGCUCUGCAGUGUGAUCGGAGGGACAGCCCAAGCCCAGUGGGAAGACAUAACAGGCACCACAAAGCUAAUCUAUGAAAAUGAGUGUGCUAAUUUUACCACCAAUGUGUCUGCCAGGUUCUGGCUGGCCGACUGCCCACGCACAGCUGAGGCCGUGCACUUUGCCACCAUGCUGUACAAGGAGCUGACAGCCGUGCCCUACAUGGCCAAAUUCGUGGUGUUUGCCAAGAUGAACGACGCGAGGGAGGGCCGGCUGCGCUGCUACUGCAUGACUGACGACAAGGUGGACAAGACUUUGGAGCAGCAUGAGAACUUCACUGAGGUGGCCCGCAGCAGGGACAUCGAGGUGGUGGAGGGAAUGCCUUUGCACGUGGAACUCUCAGGGAACCUGGUGCCUGUCAAGAAGGCGGCUCAGCCCCGCACCUUCCUCUUCCAGUCCUUCCGCGAGAACCGUCUCGUCAUUCCCAUCAAGGUCAGGGACAGCAGCAGGGAAGCCAGUGGCUCCCUGUCCUUCCUGCGCAAGGCCAUGAAAUACGAGGACCUGCAGCACGUGCUCUGCCACCUGAACAUCACCAUCCCACCCUGCAGCAAGGGAAGUGGCAGUGAGGAGCGAAGGAGGACACUGACCCCAUUGUCCCUGCGGGAGCGAUACAGCAUCCUAAGUGAGACCAGUUUUGGCUCUCUGAGCAGCACAGACAAGGCAGACCAGAAGAUGGUUGACAUAGCAGAGCAGCUGGGCCUCAGCUGGGCUGAGCUGGCGCGUGAGCUGCAGUUCGGCGUGGACGACAUCAACAGGAUACGUGUGGAGAACCCCAACUCCCUCCUGGAGCAGAGCAUCGCCUUACUCAACCUCUGGGCCAGCCGUGAGGGCAAGAACGUCAAGAUUGAGAACCUGUACACGGCGCUGAGGAACAUCGACCGCAGCGAGAUCGUCAACAUGCUGGAGGGCUCGGGCCGGCAGAGCCGCAGCCUCAAGGGGAGCUGGCGCUACUCGGACAGGGAUUACUCCCUCUCCCCGUCCCAGAUGAAUGCGCUGCCAGGUUACGCUUCGCUGCAGGACGAGCUGCUGUCCCCUGCCUCCCUGCAUUACACACUGCCAUCCCCGCUGCGUGCCGACCAGUACUGGAAUGAGGUGGCCAUCAUGGAUGCUAUCCCCAUGGCUGCCACUGAGCAGGAUGCCCUGAUGGAGAUGUCCGACAUGCAGGUGUGGUCCUCGGGGCUCACCCCCUCGCUGGUGACUGCUGAGGACUCCUCUCUGGAGUGCAGCAAGGCGGAGGACUCGGAUGCCACGAGCGAAGGACGCUUCCCAGGGCAGCUCCUGGCAGAUGCUCAUGGCCCAGACCACAUGGGCUCCAUGGACCUGGUUGAGGAUGACACAGUGGACUCAGAUGCCAUGAAUGGGCUGAUUGACCUCCUAGAGCAGGAGGAGGGGCACAGGCCAGAGGGGAAGAUGCCAUCUGGUGAUCAUCAUCAAGCAGGGACUGGGGAGCAGGACCCGGAGAGUGAAGUCUCUUUUGUUUCAGUUCAGGAGAAGGUGCAAACCAGGAUCUUGACAUCACCCACCUUUAGCCAUGAAGUGGAGAAGAGUGCAGACAGGCUGAGGGACUGGAAUGCAGAAGGCUCCUUUAUCUCCUGCCUACAGGACCUGACAGCGGGCUCCUGGCAGGAGGGAGUCACCCGAAGGCUGCUCCCAACGCACAGCACAGCCUCCGGGGCGCAGGGCCAGCAGCAAGGGCAGGUCCUGGUGGCACCCACGGAGCUGCUGAGGGUCAGCUCUGCCGAGGACAGCGAGUGGCAGCCCCAGCACCCCACGGGCGGCUGGCAGGAGGAGCCCCAGAGCCGCUUCUUUGGGCAGGGGAAUGAAGCCCUUCAUCUGCCUGGAGAGCAGGUGACUGAGGAGCAGUUCACGGACGAUCAAGGCAAUAUCAUCACCAAGAAGAUUAUCCGGAAGGUGGUGCGCCAGCUGGGCCCUGGUGACAUGGGUGACAGGCAGGAGCAGGAGGAGCUGAUCCUGGAGGGCUCCCUGCAGGAGCACCCGGACCUGGAGGCUGACGAGGAUCACUUCAUGAAAUACUCCAUCCUGCACCGGGAUGGUCUGGGCGCCAAGGAGGAGGUGCGAGUGCGUGUCCCGAAGCCAGAGGUCUCUGGGGGCAGGAUGGGGGCUCAGAUAGUGAAACGAGCCAGCCUGAAAAGGGGGAAGCAGUGACCCCCCUCAAAUGGCCUCUUUUUUGAGGAUCACACCUCAACACCAAACCACUGAACUUCACCCACGUUCUGACACAUCCCUGAGGAGAGAGGAGAGGAGAGCAGAGAGUGGAGGGGAGCAGGGCUGGCUGUACAUGUUUCUAUAGGCUAAUGGCAUGAUUCCUGUAUGAGAUAUACUUACCCUCCUAUCCGCAUGACUGACUGACUGCAAGACGCAUGAGCUACAGUUCUUCAAACAGAUGAGGGGCCUCCAUCCUUGCCCCAGAGACAGCACCACACACCAGGGGCCUGCUCUCAGCUCCUUGGGGAGGCAAGAGCUGGAGCAGAAGAAAAGGAGAAGGAAGGAGAUUGCACCUCCAUGCGUGGAUGCAUCCCCAGGUGUGAGCUCCAGAUCCAGCUCCAGCUGCAGGCGGAAAGCUGGCACAGCAUGGCCCAGCUCAGCGUGGAAGGAGAGGUGCUUGGCCCCCCUGCAAAUGCCUGUGCUGCCUCUGCUGGACUUGCUUCUCAUCCCUCCCUGUGAGUGUUGGGUUCUGGGGAGGGCAGCAGUGGCCGGAGGUGCCAGGGGAGGCUGCAGGGACAGAGGGGCUGCUGCAGGGCUGCCCUUCCUCUCCCCAGCACGUGCAGAGCCUCCCAGCAGGGCAGAGCGCACUGAGCUCGUCGCUUCUGUCGAAAGUGUAAAACUGUACAGCAAUCAGCCUUGUGUAUAUGAACCAAUAAAUACUAUGCAAACCCCUAGGGACACUCUAGCAGUAUGUACAAAGCACUGACAGCUCUGCUCUCAUAUACCUCUUCAGGCUGCAGGGUGGGCAAAGCCUUUGGGAAAUAUUUGAGCAGGAAGGCUGUGGGAGCGAGAGGGCAGCAGCCUGCCCCUGUCCUGUGCCCCUCUGCCUGAGCCUGGCCCCUUUCCUGGCCUGAAGAGGGGGAUUAGAGGUGCAGUGCCAGCAGUUUGUGUUGGCUCCAGCUGCGCUGAGGUGCUCGGGGCCCGAGGGAGGAUGUGCAGAGAGAGAGAGAGAGCAGGAGGUGCUCGUGCCACGACGUGGGGUUGUGCCUAGCUCUACUCAGCACAAUAUCUGCUCAGGAGAUGAGCCAGGAGCUAGCAAUAGCCAGCAGCUGUGCAAUACGCACCCCAGGCAAGGGCUUUGCAGGGAGCCUGGCCUGCCUGCAAGGGGGGUGAACAGCCCUGGAUCCGACUGUCCCGGGACCAAACCCAGAGCCACGGGAGCUGCUGCUGCCCCGGUGGCUGCGUUUCCUCCAGGUGGAAUCUGCCUGAGCCCUGGUGGGAUCUCCUGCUCUAGCAGCAGGAGAGCCGUGCUGGGCAGAGCUGCCCAGGCAGCUCAGAGCUGGGCAGGACGCUGACCCUGCUGUAAUACUUGAGCCCAGGAGAGCAGGGAGAAGGUAGUGGCACUUGCUCCCAGGUCCCUGCCCCUGUCCUUUACCCAGCUGAAGUGGGGACCUGGCCCUUUGUAGCACAGUGAUGUGGGGACCCCCUGCUCUUUCUCCUGGAGGUGGCCACUGCUUUGCAGAGCCCGAGUCUGUUCUCUGUGGGCAGGUGCAGAACAAGCGCCCCUCCAGCUCCAGGCUGUGUGCUGGUGGCCUCGGCAGGGCAGCCCUGCCUUUCAGUGGGUGCAAUCUGCUGGGAGAGCCCCUGGCUGCCCCGAAAGCCUCGCUGCAGCCCAGCCACCGACCCAGCUCAGCCUCGGAGAGCAAAGCAGUCCCCUCCCCGCCCCAAAGCUGAGCCAUACGGGCACAGAGCCUCCAUCCAUCACCCUCGCUGCGUACAGUAACCUCCCUAGGCCCACUGCAACAGCUGACUCCGUAGCAUCACCCUAGAGUUGUGUGUGGGUCCAGUGCUUUGGCCUUGUGUAUGCCGUAGGGAAUGUGCUGUGCUGAACCGUGCCAGGCACCUGCAGUGACAUUGCUUCGCGCUCAGAUUGCUUGUAGGGCUGGUAGGGGGAGGCUGCACCCGACAUUGAGCCUAGAGAAUGCUGCAGUCUGCACACUAGAAGCUUUUUAGAAGUUUUAAAGAUUACUUUUAUUUUCUUUUUUUAAUUGGUAUGGAAACAAGCCUUUUGGAUCUCCCUGUCUUAGGCCCCCUGAUGUAUAGAUCAUUUCCCUGUACACCAGCUAUCAGAAUAUGAAUUAAUAAAGAAAUCAACACAA